AUGGCAGUUCAAGGCUUGGCUUUAAAGGGAAAGUUUAUCAGCUAUAGGGAGGUUAAUUUCUCAACUGAUGCCUCGACCAAGCAAGCAUGUUUGCUGGCUGAGGAUAUUUUUAAGUUUUAUGAGGGCAAUGAGGAUGAGCCUCUUGCCAGAGCAAAAAAGGAUCAAGCAAUGUCUUCCACAAGUUCAUCUCAUCUGCUGCUCCAGAAUCUAUCUCUUCGACGGCCUCGUAUCAGCAGCACCACCACAUACGCCGCUCCCUACAAAUGUACUCCGUCAAGAAUUCAGGUCUCGGCUGGUUUAUCUGGUAGAAGACACUCCUUACUUCUACUAACAGCUUCAACUGUACUGACAGCCAUAGAGUUAUCAUCCUCAGGGUCUGCAAACGCACAAGACAUUGGACUUUUUGGUAUAAAGAAGAAAUUGGAGAAAGUAGAGAAAGAAGCAGAAGUGAUUCUUGAAAAUGCAGAGAAGGGAAUUGAAAAUGCUGAAAAGGGAGUUGAAAAUGCAGAGAAAGAGAUAGAGUCCGCCGCUUCUUCGUUUAGUUUUGGUGGUGGUGUUGGUGGUCUAACUCAGGCCGGGGUAGUUGUAGGUGCCGAGGCUGUUGGUGUUUUGGUUGCAACAUCCAUUGUUAAUGGUAUCCUUGGACCUGAAAGUCAGAAAGCUUAA